CGAGAGUAGGAAGCGGAAGACCAACAUGGCGAGCACGGUGCUGGUGGAAGACGAGGGAGGCUUCGGGGACGGGGAAAGGUUGGAUUUCCUCAAGGAACGCCACGUGCGCUUCUUCCAACGCAGCCUUCAGAUUUUGCCCGAACGCUAUUCGUCACUGGAGACCAGCAGGUUGACAGUUGCUUUUUUUGCACUUUCUGGUUUGGAUAUGUUGGAUUCCUUAGAUGUUGUGAACAAAGAGGAUAUAAUAGAAUGGAUUUAUUCUCUGCAAGUCCUUCCCACAGAAGACAGAACAAAUAUGCACCACUGUGGCUUCCGUGGUUCUUCAUAUCUAGGAAUACCUUUCAAUCCAUCUAAGGGGCCUGGUAUUUCUCAUCCAUAUGAUAGUGGGCACAUAGCAAUGACUUACACUGGCCUUUGCUGCUUAAUUAUUCUUGGUGAUGAUUUAAGUCGAGUAAAUAAAGAAGCCUGUUUGGCAGGACUCAGAGCUCUACAGCUGGAAGAUGGGAGUUUUUGUGCAGUCCUUGAAGGAAGUGAAAAUGACAUGAGAUUUAUAUACUGUGCU